GGAACACAAUAUUUAUUGGACUGUGUAUGUUGUCGUUCUUCACAGUGUUUGUUUUUAUCGAGUCAGUAUAAUAUUCGUGUAAUUAUUAUAGCUCUACGUCGCGCUUAUUGUCCGUGACUAGAAAUGAACCGAGUAGAAGAAUACGACUCAUAUCCCAUUGAGGAGCCAAGUGAUGAAGAGAGAGCAGCAAGCAGCUCAGAAGAUGAGCUGGACGUGCUUCUUCAUGGCACGUCGGACCAGAAACGCAAGUUACUGCGGGAGUAUUUGACAGGGGAAAGUGAAUCAUCCAGUGAAGAUGAGUUUGAAAAGGAGAUGGAAACAGAACUAAAUACCACCAUGAAAUCCAUUGAGGGCAAUUGGACAGCCCCCGUAACAGGGGCACCCUCCAGUAGUGGCCAGAUCCAUGGUGGAACCAGUCAUAUUCAAGGAGGAUCCCAAACGGACUACUAUGAUGAUGUGUACUUUGACACUGAUUCUGAAGACGAGGGAACACUCAAAAACCCAGAAACCAGGAAGAAAAAGAAGCAGCGCAAAAUACUGACAAAUGAUGAAUUGCUUUAUGAUCCUGAGGAGGAUGACCGAGACCAAGCCUGGGUGGAUUCCCAAAGGAGGGGGUUUAGGGGACAAAGAAAGGAGAGAGAACUGCCUGGUCAGAGAGAGAAGUCCAAGCCACUACCGCACAGUGAUGCCGUUCUAAAUUGCCCGGCUUGUAUGACAACAUUGUGCCUUGACUGUCAAAGACAUGAGAAGUACAGAACGCAGUACAGAGCGAUGUUUGUGAUGAACUGCACAGUAAAUAGAGAAGAAGUUUUAAGAUAUAAAGGACCGCUGGAUAAAAGGAGUAAGAAUCGCAGCAAAAAGAUGAAGCCAAAUAAUGAAGAGGCUGCAGAAGAGACCCAGACAGACCAAGAGGAGAAGUAUCAUCCAGUGAAAUGCUUGGAGUGCUCAACAGAAGUGGCAGUAUUUGAUAAAGAAGAGGUUUAUCAUUUCUUUAACAUCCUUGCAAGCCACUGUUAAAAAAAAAAAAAAAAAAAAAAGACGUUUCUUUUAUUAAUGUUUUAGUGAUCUUCACACAAAAAAAAACCUUGCUUUAUUAACUUUUAAGAUGAUUGAGGGACAUGUGUUGUGUGUAUUUUAAUUUGGAAAUUGUAAUCGGCUAUUGUUCACUUUCAAGAAAUUGGAUAAGCCACACCUUUUUACAUUGGUCUGAUUCUUAAAAUGUUGUGUCCAUAACUUCAAAUGCUCCCUUGUAAAUUACAUUAUGUGCUGGGUUUUCUAUGAAAGGAGAAUUGUAAUAUAAGCAAAUGAGGGCAAUCUGACUGAAUUGCAAAAUAAAUCAGCAUUUUUUUUUUUUAUCUGAAUCUCUCUCUCUCUCUCUCUCUCUCUCUCU